AUGGAUAUUGUUAUACUUGCUGAGCUUGUUAGCUCAUUCUUGCGAAACUCUAUGUUCUUUCCAGUGAAAGCAGAGAAGGUUGGUAACGAUGAUCCGCAGGCUAGUGCAUAUUUGAGUACCUGUCAAGCCACCAGCUUUGCUUCCCCAGGAACAAGCAAGAACAACUACACUGAAUUCAUCAGAGUCUCAUGCAACUCCACCUUGUAUCCCCAGCUUUGUUACAAAUCAAUGUCGAAAUUCGCGGAAAAAGUCCAGGCCAGUCCCAAACUCCUGGCAAAUACUUCUAUUUCUGUGACACUCAAGGAAGCUAAGUCAACUUUCAUGACAAUGAAAAAUAUGUCAAAGUACAAGGGCUUGAGUGUAGGCGAGAGGGCAGCAUUGCGCGAUUGUGUUGAGGUGACGGAUGACUCGGUUUACGAGCUUCAGAGAUCGAUGGACCAGAUGGAUCAUAUGGAUGAUGGAACCACACAUUUUAAUUUCGAAAUAAGUAAUGUCCAGACAUGGGUGAGUGCAGCUUUGACAGACUAUACUACUUGCAUGGAUGGCUUCUAUAAUGUAAAUGAAGGAUAUGUUAAGGCCAAAGCCCGGAAGUAUGCGAUGAAUGUUUCGCAAUUGACUAGCAUUUCCUUGGCGUUUAUCAACAGAUAUGCUAAUUCAGGCUAUAAACCUUAG